AUGACGAUUUGCCGAUGGGUUGGAUAUCCAGAUUUGUUCAUCACGUUUACUUGCAACCCCAAGUGGCCUGAGGUACAACGGUUCUUGAGUACAAGAAAUCUGAGGCCAGAAGAUCGUCCAAACAUAAUAUGUAGAAUAUUCAAAUUGAAGUUGGAUGCUCUACUAUCAGAAUGCCGAAAGAACAAGUUAUUUGGCCCAGUCAUUGGAGUGAUCUAUACUAUAGAGUUUCAAAAAAGAGGACUACCGCAUGCUCAUAUACUUUUGUUUCUGGAUAAAAACAAUCAAGCACAAAGUGGGAUAAAUCUGGACAACAUCAUUUCAGCUGAAUUACCUGACCAAGAAAGAGAUCCAGAAUACUUCAAAGUUGUUGAGGAGUUUAUGAUGCAUGGCCCUUGCGGGAAAGCACGGAUGACUUCUCCAUGUAUGGCAAAUGGUAAGUGUACUAAACACUUUCCCAAGAAGUUUGUUAAUACAUCAACUGUGGACGAGGAUGGUUAUCCUAUAUACCGCAGAAGAGACAAUGGCAGGUCUGUCAUGCGCAAUGGUAUUGAGUUGGAUAAUAGGUACGUAGUACCACACAACAGACAUUUGUUACUAAAGUAUAGGGCUCAUAUUAAUGUGGAAUGGUGUAAUCAAUCCCGGUCAAUCAAGUAUUUGUUCAAGUACGUAAACAAGGGCCAUGAUAGGGUUACCGCAGAGUUUUACAAAUCCAACAGCGAUGACGAAAGUCCAAAAGUGAUCGAUGAAAUCAAUAUGUUCUAUGACUGUCGGUAUAUUUCUCCGUGUGAAGCAGCUUGGCGAUUGUUUGGAUUUGAUAUACAAUUAAGGACACCAUCUGUUGAGCGAUUGAGCUUUCACUUGCCCAAUCAACAAAGUGUUAUAUUCGCAGAUGACGAUCCUGUUGAUAACAUACUAAGUCGUCCAACAAUUUUGCAGAGCAUGUUCUUAGAAUGGUUUGAGGCUAAUAAAACCUACCCAGAUGCAAAACAACUUACAUAUGCCGAAAUGCCCACUAAAUUUGUAUGGAAGAAAGAUGUUAGGAAAUGGCAACCAAGGAAAAGAGGAUUUGCCAUCGGUAGACUUUUCUAUGUGCCACCUGGUACAGGGGAGAUAUUUUAUUUGAGAUGUCUUUUGAAUAAAGUAAAAGGGCCCACGAGUUUUUUGGACAUAAAAAAAGUAGAUGGUGUGCAAUAUGAUUCUUUUAGGGAUGCGUGUUCUGCCAGGGGAUUAGUAGACGACGACAGGGAGUAUGUUCAUGCUAUAGAAGAAGCAAGUCAAUGGGCGACCGGUGUUAAUUUGAGAAGAUUGUUUGUCACACUAUUAAUGUCAAACUCAAUGGCUAAACCUGAAGUUGUGUGGGAAGCUGCGUGGCACUAUUUGGCUGAGGAUGCACAAUUCAAAAUUAGAGCUCAAUUGGGGAUUACAGAUUUGAUUUUAUCUGAAGAUGAGAAAAAGAAUUUCGCACUUCGCGAGAUAGAAAUAAUGCUUUCUGCUAUUAGAAAGAGUUUGAAAGACUUUCCGUUGAUGCCAAUGCCGGAUUUAGAGAUUCAUGAUAGAACCACCAAUCGUAUGAUACAAGAGGAAUUAGCAUAUGAUAUUAAUGUCAUGAAGGAAGAGAAUGAAAAAUUGGUGCAUCAACUCACCGAAGAGCAAAGGGCUAUAUAUGCAAAUGUUUUGCAAGAUGCUGAGAACGAUCUUGGAGGGUUGUUUUUUGUUUAUGGAUACGGUGGAACUGGAAAAACAUUCUUAUGGAGAGCAUUGUCGUCUGCUUUAAGGUCAAAGGGUGAUAUAGUUUUAAAUGUGGCAUCAAGUGGUAUAGCAUCGCUUUUAUUACCAGGAGGUAGAACUGCGCAUUCUAGAUUUUCAAUACCAAUUGCUGUUAAUGAAGAUUCAACAUGCAACAUCAGCCAAAGCAGUCCUUUGGCAAAAUUGUUGAUGCAAUGUAAGUUGAUCAUUUGGGAUGAGGCACCGAUGAUGCAUAAGUUUUGCUUUGAAGCUUUAGACCGUAGUAUGAGAGAUAUCAUGCGUGCCAAAAAUCCAAAUAGCUUGGAUAUGACUUUUGGUGGGAAAACCGUGGUGUUAGGUGGAGAUUUCAGACAGAUUCUACCAGUCAUUCCAAAGGGCACCCGACAAGAUAUUGUUGGAGCAAGUGUCAAUGCAUCAUAUCUUUGGAGAAGCUGUAAAGUAUUUAGGCUAACAAAGAAUCUCAGGCUAAGGUCAUUGCAAUCAGAAACUGAUGUUCAACAGAUUGAAAAAUUUGCAAAGUGGAUUGCUAAUAUCGGUGAUGGAACAAUUGGUGAGUCUUUGCAUGGAGAAUGUGAGAUAAAUAUUCCUGAAGAAUUUGUGCUAACUUGUGUUGAGGAUCCAAUUUCUACAAUUGUUGAUAGCAUAUUCCCUAUGUUUCGCAGAGGUCAUAGUGAUAUUCAAUAUCUAAAAGAUCGUGCUAUUUUGGCACCAACACUGGAUAUUGUGGAUGCAGUAAAUGAAUACAUGAAUGGCUACAAUAAUUCCGAAGGAAGGACGUAUCUCAGUUGUGACUCAGUCUGCAAAUCAGAUUCAAAUGUUGACAUGCUUGCUGAUUUGCACAGUCCUGAAUUUUUAAAUGGAUUAAGGUGUUCAGGAGUGUCAAAUCACUCAUUGACUCUAAAAGUUGGGUCUCCAGUUAUGCUUCUGAGGAAUAUUGAUCACUCAUUGGGGUUGUGCAAUGGUACAAGAAUGAUAAUUUCAAAGUUGGCAGAUCAUGUGUUAGAAGCUCAAAUACUAUGCGGUGCAAGUGCCGGUACAAAAGUCCUAAUUCCAAGAAUGUCCUUAACACCUUCUGAUCCAAGAUUGCCUUUUAAGUUCCAAAGGAAGCAAUUCCCACUAAUGUUUUCAUAUGCAAUGACAAUAAAUAAAAGCCAAGGCCAGACACUCUCCAACAUUGGUUUGUUUUUGAAGAGACCGGUUUUUAAUCAUGGUCAAUUGUAUGUAGCAGUGUCAAGAUGUGGGUAA